AGGUUACCAGACUGGUAAAGCACAAUUUUUCCAUGGUGAACCCACGUUCCCUGUUCCUGAUAAACUUCUGCUCUACUUGCUUGAAGAUGAUAUCCAGAAUAAACUGCUCCAUCAUCUUCCAAGGGACAGAGGAGCUGCUUCCCACACUGGAUUGUCUGACUGGCUUUCUUAACACAGUCUGCCGACCCCACCACUCUGCAGAGCCCUCUGUCACCACCAGAGAACUUCCUCACUCGUCAUUCCAGCAGGUCACUUGAGUGCCUUUGUAAUUGGACUGAGAUUUCACAGAGAUAUAAGUAAAACAGAUUUAGGUGAAAGCUACUGGAAGAACGCAUGCAGGACACCAUAAGGUAUAUUUAAAGCAGUUGUCUACUUCAGCUCUGAGAAGGAAAAAAUAAAAGGAUUAUCUUGCCCUUCAGUGGAGCAAGUCUGGUUUGGACACAGACCAGGUAUGAAUCUACUUCACAAUAGGAGGACACGUCACCUGGAGAAAGUUACAUUCAUGGAUCGACAUACUGGGAUGCUGUACAGGCAACCUGCCCAAGGAUGCAGCACUGCCCCUGAAUCGUCACUUGAGCUGAAACAGAUCAGUCAUUGUCACAGCCAUUCAAAUCUUACCCAAGUCACUAUGGUGCCUUUGGGGCACUUAGCCAAAGGGGCGACUUUGGAAGAUCUUCUUGAAACCUGCAUUCAGUCUUUUGAUUUAGAAGGAAAUUCUUAUCAGAACAACCAGCUGCUAAAGAUGAUUCUGACCAUGCAUCAGUUUAUCAUCUCCUCUGCAGAUAUGCUCCAGAAACUCAGUGAUCUCUAUCUUAGUGCGUUAGAGAAGAAAUCAUCUGUGCUGUGUGUAAAGAUCUGCUAUUUUGUGAGGUAUUGGAUUACAGAGUUCUGGGUUAUGUUCAAAAUGGACUCUAAGCUAUCAACAGCCAUGGAGGCAUUUCAAGAACUGGUUAAAGCUAAUGGUGAGGAAUUACACUGCCGUCUAAUCGACACAACUCAAAUAAAUUCCAGAGACUGGUCUAGAAAGCUGACACAGCGUGUAAAGGCUAACAACAGUAAGAAACGGAAAGUUUCACUCCUUUUUGAUCACCUUGAGCCAGAAGAGCUGUCAGACCAUCUUACCUAUCUUGAAUUUAAGUCCUUCAGAAGAAUAUCAUUCUCAGAUUAUCAGAGCUACAUUGUGAAUAGCUGUGUGAAAGAGAAUCCAACAAUGGAAAGAUCAAUUGCUCUUUGCAAUGGUAUCUCUCAGUGGGUGCAGCUAAUGGUCCUCAGUAGACCAACACCACAGCUUCGAGCUGAAGUAUUUAUCAAGUUCAUUCAUGUUGCACAGAAGCUUCACCAGUUGCAGAAUUUCAACACGUUAAUGGCAGUGAUAGGAGGUCUCUGUCACAGUUCCAUUUCCAGACUCAAGGAAACGAGCUCAUGUGUUCCUCAUGAUGUAAUUAAGGUGUUUAAUGAAAUGACAGAACUGCUUUCAUCUUAUAGAAACUAUGACUGUUAUCGACGUGCUUAUAAUGAGUGCACUAACUUUAAGAUCCCAAUCCUUGGGGUCCACUUGAAAGACUUGAUAUCACUUCAUGAAGCCAUGCCAGAUUACUUAGAGGACAAAAAAAUUAACAUAUGCAAACUGUACUCUCUCUAUAAUCACAUAAAUGAGCUUAUACAACUCCAGGAAAUGCCACUUCCCCUGGAGGCUAACAUGGACCUUGUUCAUUUGCUUACGCUGUCCCUUGAUUUGUACUACACAGAAGAUGAAAUUUAUGAGCUUUCAUAUGCACGAGAGCCAAGAAGUCACCGAGCCGCUCCUUUGACACCUUCCAGACCACCAGUAGUUGCAGACUGGGCCUCAGGAGUAGCCCCAAAACCUGAUCCAAAAACAGUCAGCAAACAUGUUCAGAGGAUGGUGGAUUCUGUCUUCAAAAAUUACGACCACGAUCAGGAUGGUUACAUUUCUCAAGAGGAAUUUGAAAAGAUAGCAGCCAGUUUUCCAUUCUCAUUUUGUGUAAUGGCUAAGGACUCGGAAGGUCUGAUUAGCAGGGAUGAAAUAACUGCUUACUUUAUGAGGGCUAGCUCAAUCUAUUCCAAAUUAGGACUUGGCUUUUCUCACAACUUUCAGGAGACCACUUACUUAAGACCUACUUUCUGUGACAACUGUGCUGGAUUUCUAUGGGGAGUAAUUAAACAAGGAUACAGAUGCAAAGACUGUGGAAUGAAUUGUCACAAGCAAUGCAAAGACCUGAUUGUAAUAGAGUGCAAGAGAAGACACAAAGCUUCUGUUGCAGACAGCAGCCCAACAUCUGCUCUUGCUUCAAGCCUCUGCACAGUAGCAGUUAAAGAGCAAUUCCAUGGACAUGAAGAAGGGCCAUUCACAUUUCCAAAUGGAGUAGUAGAACACAACGAAGACAGCAAGGACCGAACUAUUAUGCUCAUGGGCUCCUCGGCUCAGAAAAUCUCAGUAAGACUGAAACCAGCCGUAGUUCAUAAAGGUAUACAGACAGAUUCCACACUGCUGGCUGCUGAUGUAUUGCAUAAGUCAAUGGAGAAGAAAGAGAAAAAGAUACUAGAAAAUCCUUAUCUUCAGCCUAUCCCAACAUCCCCACGUCCAAGCCCGUUACUGAGCUGUAAAAAAGCAUAUGUUAAAUGGGAAAACAAGGACUCCAGCCAGAAAAUGAAGGAGGAUCAUCGCGAGCAUCAGAGCUAUAAGCCCUCAUACCAGGAACUUGAGCGGGAAAGAAAUAUUCUAAAGGCAGACAAUGAAGGUUUAAGGAUGCAACUGGAACAGGCACAUAAAACAAUUGAAUCUCUUACGAUUCAGAGAAGAAAUCACGUUAUCAACAACCUACAACACAAAGACUGCUCCUAGCAGAUGAGGGGAAGUUUCUUAUGGAAGAAUGUAAGACUGAAGGGAAUGACUGUGAUAAAGCUGCUUUACCAAGUGAACUGGAAAGACAAUCCAAAGGAUUUUAAAACAGAAAUACUCUCUUUAUUCUAGACAUUUCCCUGUUGAAAACACUUCCAAGUCUGUAAAUGAAUCCCUUCAAUUUAAGGUAUGUUAACAUCAUCUGCACAAUGAACUCAGUAUCUUCUGGGAUUGGUUUUUAAAGGAGCAACACUGUUCCUAAAGCUUAUGUACAUGCUGACCACGUGAAUUCUACAGUGACUUGGCUGCACAUCUCACUCUACAAGUGUUCUAAGUAACUACUCAUAAGACUCUCACUUCAGAUUUGGCCCAAAUUCAGGUUUGUAGAAACAAAUGUUCAAUAGAGAUAAGCAUUUAAGUAAAGCUGUAGAUGUAUUUCAUUAAGAAAGAGAGUUCUUUCUCAUUGUGGCUGAAACCAAUUAAAAACAUUACGUAGUCAUCUUAAUUUCUAGAGUUUAGCAAGAAUAUUAAUAUAAGUAGUUAAGCUGAUUUUUAGACUUCAAUAGGGCAUACUGACAAAUGUUUUAAAACUUCUUUAUGGUAAAAUAUGAGACUAGAGAGCUUAGAGUGAAUUCUGCUUCCAUUUCAGUAUUCCAGGUUACAACUUGGAAAACAGCCCUACUCAUUGGGCUUAAGGGAUAGCUUGCUGUCCUUGUACUGUAGAUAUGGGAUAACAUUGAUUACUUUUUCUAAUAUCAAAGUGGAUACCAGUGUUGUAACAUCUGAGUAGAACCUUAAAGACCAUAUUAUGAAGGAAACUGCAUAGCAAUCUCAAUGCAGUGGACACUGUAUUCCAGUUUCUAACAUCUUAUGGUUCUAACCAGGAUUUCUUCAUUUUCUCUCAUAGAUUUCACACGCACUUUAGGUGAAGAGUCAAGGUGACUGUGCUCUUAUGUGUGUAGAUUUUGUACAGUGAAAGGUGCUAGGGAGGUAAUGUAAUUUUCUAAAACUAUUCUGUGUACAUACUGUCAAGGAAUGACAUAUCUUUCAACUUACUGGUGAAUCUUUUAGUCAUAAAAGCCAAUCUUAAAACGUCAUUUGCAUUUCAUGAUAAUUCUUACAGCUGUAUAAAACUCACUUGCUUUUAUCAAAAAGGGACAUCACUGAACAUUUAUAAAGCACAAACUAAAACUAACAUAUCUAUUAACAACAUAUGCUCCUGCUCCAGCAGGGGGUCAGAUCAGAUGAUCUUUUGAGGUCCCUUCCAAUCCCUGACAUUCUGUAAUUCUGUGAUAUACUUCAGUGCUCCUCAAAACUUACAGCUUAGUUUACAAAAUCCACGACAGACUAAACGCUUUUAGUUGACCCCUUAUAAUAGCAUGGUGUGCUUUGUGUUCAGUGGCAUAAAAGUAUGCUCUGUUUCCAGCUUACAGUCAUUAAUUGUCAAGUAUACUAAUAAUUUAUUUAUUUUUUUCAAGUCAGGCUGAAACUACUUCCUAAUCUACUGGUUCUAAGUUCCUGCUUAGAACUUGAGUUGUGUUUGCAUCCAUGAUUAAAUAAAAACAAAUGAAGGGGGAGAGUAGUAGUAAUAGUAGUUGUAGACCUUCUGUUAUCUUACUGUAAAUAAACAUGAUCUGUAAGGAAUUUAAAUGCAUAUGACAAACCUUGCUGUUGUGAAGUUUGUGAAACUUUUGUUCCUUGUACACUAAGCCUGAAUUAUUAACAGUUAACAUGAGAUUACACUUUGAUCACUGAAGCAAAGUGGCUUUCAAAUCACAUUUGCUUAGCCGAUUUUCUGCGAGUUUCCUGAUUUUUGCCCUCUCUGUAGGACUGCAGUAAGAAGUAUUUCUCAUACACAAUUAGCAGAUAAAAGUCUAUUUCUUCAACAAUUAAAGGGAACAGGAUAAAUGUUGGAAAUAUUUCAGUGCAUUUAGAAAAUACCUUACAAGACCAGCAAAAUUUGGCAAAUCUUGUGCAUCUGAGGUAACUGCUUGCUUUUGGUUUCAGUUCUAACUGAAUUUCUGUGUGUGUGUGUGUGUAUGCAUAUAAAUACACACACAAUACACACACACAUGCACACACACUUUGCCUGCUCUGGUGGGUAAAAGAGGAGCAAAUUAACAAGUCAAUAUUUGGAAUUUCCCUACCAUCGAUAGCUGACCCAAAGGUUACUGUGUUAGUAAUGUUAAGUACUUAAUGCUCAGAAUCAAGUCAAGACUGUAGACUUGUACAGCCUAAGAUUAAAACUUACUUUUCUGUCACCCUGUUCCUGUAAGCAAUUGGAAUGAUUUGAACCCACCCUGAUGCAGGAUCAUCUUACAGAAUCCAUACGGGAUACUUCACAUAUGCUGAAAACUUCCUGCUUCAGAAAAAUUAGUUGAUACCUGGAAAAUUUCAAAGCUCUCCAAACACCUUCAGGAUGUUUGCCCAAAGCCUCCUGCAAUACUUUGUUGUUGUUGAUUUGUUUUGGUGGUAGUCCCUUGUUAUUACUUUGCAACUUCCUUUUUUGCUGCAUGAAAUAAUAGUGUUAAUAGCAAAAAUAAUGACUGUACAGGGAUACUGCUGAAACUGACAAAGUUACUGAGCAAAAAUCAUCCACAUCUCUGUUGAUCCUACUGCUACUUUAUGCUGGGAAAAAAGAUACAAUGAAUAAGUACUAAGUGCUCUUUAGAGGACUUACCAGCAAGCACUAGUAUUGAACACUGUUUAAAACUCGUCUUAUCACAGUUAAUAUAAAUGAAAAGCACUCACCUUUAUUCUUUCUCCAGGCUCAGCUGUGUUUCAUAUACAUACAGAAAGGAAGAAAAAAUGAAAUGUGUCCCUACCCCACCCACUGUUCAUUUUUUAAGUGUGAAUUCUGAUCCUUAAAAGAUGAAAGUAAGUAGACUGAAUGAUCUAACAAUGAAAAGGCCAGAGCUAAAUUUAAUACUGAAGACAAUGCCCUUUAAAAUAGCUCACAUAAGCUUUUGAAAAUACAAAACAAUGUUACCAUUUGGAAUUCUUUGUUCCAGUAGUAACCUGUUACAAUGUUGGGACCCAUCCCUACAGAGAUCCCAUUUUUUGUUUCAGUGCUAUUGAAGAAGAUUGGAAAAGUGUACAGACCGUAAGCAUUUAUAUUAUAUGAAGUGUAAGAUUUCAGUUUCAUAUUUAUAUUAGAAAAAAAAAUAUUAAAAUCAUACCUUGCCUCUGAA